UUGCACUUUAGAACGAACGAUCUAGAAUUGGAACUGGACGACGACUUUUGCUCAUCAGAUUCUUCACCUCUGGUUUCACCUAGUUUGCGAACUCCUGCCAUAGCCCUUCCCCCUCCUCCACCUAAAAGCGCUCCACCAUUCUCGCAAGCAGCACAGUUUACGAAUUCUGCUUCAAUCUGCAAUGGAGACGUGUCACUCAGCAAUGGUGGCACUCCAACGACGCUUCAUCCAGAUGAUAGUUUGCUUCGACCAAGAGAUCUAGAAACGAAUGGCAAAAGAGUGGAAAUACAGAGUUGUUACGCUUGUGCUCCUGCUUUACUGUUUGGCUUACUGCGAUAUGAGCAAACCGUUCAAGAAUGUGUUCAAAAAACGACAUCGGAGUUGUUGAGUGCCAUUAGAGACAAUUAA